AUGAUGGGUCUCCACAGGUCGAGUCCGCCGAACCACACCUGCGUAGAGAAGCCCAUCUCGCAGAGGCCCGCGGUAUCACACCCACAAUCACGAAACCCCCGACGCCGCCCCUCUGAAUCAUCGAGGGAUACCGAAGUCGCCGAUGCCCCUGCAGAUAAGGGCAAACCUAAUACAUCCGAAAUUUUCAAGGCGAGGGACAGAUUCGACGGAAAGAAGCGCAAAUGGCAGGCCGUCAGAUUCCUUGGCCAGGGAACCUUCAGCAGGGUCAUCCUCGCUACAAGCCAGAUAGGCGCUGAAAAUAACAACAGUUCUACCAGAAAGUCUGGCGCUCCUACUCCGACAAUGGACCCUGAUCGCAAGACCCUCGUUGCUGUCAAAGUGUGCGAGCACGGUCCUCGAGGAGGUGCAAGCGAGGAUCGAAUCGAGAUGAGCUUGAAGCGUGAGCUCGAGAUCAUGAAGUGCAUUAGGCACCCUUCCCUCGUUCACCUCAAGGCCUGGAGCAUCGAGCCUACGCGUGCUCUCCUCGUUCUUAGCUAUUGCCCAGGCGGUGACUUGUUCGACGUGGCCACCAGUCAUCGCGAGUUGCUCGGGCCCUCUCUUUUGAGGAGGAUGUUUGCCGAGCUGAUUGGGGCGGUCCAGUAUCUGCACAACCAGCUCAUCGUCCACAGAGACAUCAAGCUUGAGAACGUCCUUGUCAACAUGCCCGCCUCGGAACUCGCCGACCCCACCAUUGAUUGGGUCAAGUAUCCCCAUUCCGUCAUAACUUUGACCGACUUGGGUCUCUCAAGGCGGAUCGCAGAAGACGAGAGGCUGGAGACGCGAUGUGGAUCCGAUGACUAUGCCGCCCCCGAGGUCAUCAUGGGCCAACCCUACGACGGCCGGGCUACCGACGCGUGGUCCUUGGGCGUCCUUUUAUACGCCUUACUUGAGGCACGACUACCCUUUGAUCCCGCGCCCAACAUGGGUGACGCGCACCGCAUGCGCAGUCGAACAAGCCACCGGAUCGCGCGUGUGGAGUGGCGGUGGGCCGAGUAUGGUGGAGGUGAGGAUGGUGACCACGAAGCCGACAUUGAAAAGUUCCGGAAAAGAGAUCUCGUCGGUGCGAUGGAAAUUACCGAAGGUCUCCUGAAGCGUGCGCGUAGCCGAUGGACCAUCGACAAACUAGCCAGCUCGCCUUGGGUAGCGGGAGGCAUCGACCUUGCUAACGGCGUCACAUUCAGAGAAGAGGAAAAGGCGGAAGAGGUUGCCUAA